AUGAAGGACGGAAUAACCCUUGUCUUUCGCAAACUUGAGCAAGAUCUCAAGGCUGUUAGUGAACUUAUUGACAAGUGGGCGACUAAUGGCUGCACGAGCAGAGGGCAAAUGAGCGCGAAGUCGAUGGGACGAUGGGCGAGAGGUGCUCUGGUUGCUAAAUUGCCGGAAAGAGAUUUAGAUGACGAGAAGAAGGCGAAAACGUUCAGCGACCUCGACCACGAUGGCAUAUACUCGAAAAGCCACUCCCCGGCACCAACAACCCUGCUGGCGCCCGAGCCAGAAUUCUUGGGACCGGGGUUCCAUAUGGGUCUGAACUCACGGACAAAACCUGACGAGAAGCCUGGUCUCCUCUUUGCAUGCUAUAAGAGCCAUAUUGAGGACGGGUUUCAAUGUAUUCAGAAUGCCUACGCAAGCAGAGAGGACUUCAUUCUGCGCGAGGCCGGUCUUGAUCCAUCCAUCGGCAAGGCCCAGACGAAGUCGCCCAUGACAAUUCGCAACGCCCAAAAUAAGGCGCACAAAGUUCCUGCAUUUCCCGAAUUGGUAACGAUGAGAGGCGGCGAGUAG